CAUUGGCCGCGGCGCGGGGCCAAGUGGGCGCGCGGCGGUUUCAAGAGCGCGGGAGAAGAUGGCGUCCCGUCCUGAGGCCGGUCCCGCUGAGCUCCCGGGGCCGAGCUCGAGGGUCUCGCGGCUGCCGGUGACCCGGGCCCAGCAGAAGCGGGCCCUGUCCGCGGGCCCGCCCGCGGGGCCUCCCCAGCAGAAACGAUCGCGGACCGGGCUCGGGCCCGGAGGCGCCCGGGCCGCGCCCAAGGCCCCGCUCCGCACCGGCGGCCCCGCGGCGGCGGGGAAGAACGAUGGCCCCCGGAAGGCAGCAUCAGUGCCAGCUGCUCAAGUCGGCUCUGCCACCAGCACGGCGGGCGCCAAGGGCGCCUCCAAGCGGCCUCCGUGGGACCUGCGGGGCCAGGUCAGGGACCUGCAGGAGGCGCUGGAGCAGGGCCGGGAGCGCCUGCAGGUGCUGGAGAGAGAGAAACAGGAGCAGAGCCAGCGCCUGCAGCAGCUGCAGAGGGAGCUGGGCGAGAGGGAGAGCCAGGAGAGCAGCCUCUGCGCCAGGGUCAGCUCCCUGGAGGUGGAGGUGGCGCAGGUCCGGGAGAAGCUGGAGCAGAGCCAGAACAAGGUGAAGGCUCUGGAGGCGGAGGAGCAGCGGCUGAAGGCGGAGGAGCAGCGGCUGAAGGCCGAGGAGGAGCAGCGGCGGCAGGAGCGCGAUGAGGCCUGGGGCAGGGCACAGGCUCUGCUGCAGCAGCUGGAGAAUGCUGAGGAGCAGUUGCAGGAGCUGCAGGCGCUGCGGGAGCUGGAGGCAUCGCAGCGGAGCCUGCUGGCCCAGCGCGAGGAGCACAUCCACCUGCUGGAGAUGGAGCGGCGCCGCCUGCACAACGACAUCCAGGAGCUCAGGGGGAACAUCCGUGUGUUCUGCCGUGUGCGGCCGCUGCUGCCCGAGGAGCGGGAGCGCCAGCGGGGCAUGCCCCACCUGCACUUCCCCUCUCAGGACACCCGCAGCCUCGUGCUCACCCGGCCCGACGAUUCACAGCUGGGCCGGGAGCGGCGCGCAGAGCUGCGCUACGACUUCAGCUUCGACCGCGUCUUCCCGCCUGCGGCUUCUCAGGAGGAGAUCUUCCAGGAGAUCCAGCUCCUGGUCCAGUCGGCCCUGGACGGGUACCCGGUGUGCAUCUUCGCCUACGGGCAGACGGGCAGCGGCAAGACCUUCACCAUGGAGGGGCCGUCGCCGGCGGGCGCGCCGGAGUCGCGCGGGAUGAUCCCGCGGGCCGUGCGCCACCUGUUCCGGGGCGCGCGGGACCUGGCGGCCAAGGGCUGGCAGUACGGCUUCUCUGCCAGCUUCCUGGAGAUCUACAACGAGGCCCUGCGCGACCUGCUGCUGGCCCGCGGCCAGCACGGCUCCGAGCUGGAGAUCCGCCGCCUGGCGCCCGGCAGCGACGAGCUGCACGUCCCCAACCUCACCUGGGUGCCCGUGGAGAGCGAGGAGCAGGUGCUGGAGCUGCUGCAGCAGGCGGGCUCGCAGCGCUCGGUGGCGCGCACGGCGCUCAACGAGCGCUCCUCGCGCUCGCACUCCGUGUUCCAGCUGCGCAUCCAGGGGCUGCACACCGCCCGGGACCUGCGCUGCACUUCCUCUCUGACCCUGGUGGACCUGGCGGGCUCAGAGCGCCUGGAGAAGUCGGGAUCCGUGGGGAGCCGGCUUCGGGAGACACAAAGCAUUAACUCCAGCCUGAGUGCCCUGGGGCUGGUCAUCAGCGCCCUCUGCAACAAGGAGCCGCACAUUCCAUACAGAAACAGCAAGCUGACCUUCUUGCUGCAGAACUGCCUGGGGGGGCACGCCAAAGUGCUGAUGUUUGUGACCAUCUCCCCCCUGGAGGAGAAUUUCGGGGAGUCGCUGAACUCGCUGCGCUUUGCCAGCAAGGUGAACGAGUGUAUGAUUGGCACGGCUCAGGCCAACCGGAAGUGACGCCAUCGCCCCUAGUUCCCGCCUUUUAAACGCACACCCCAAUAAAGAGUGGCAUUUUCACUGA